GAUGGCGGCGGCGGGCGCAGGUAGUCUGUGCUGAGGCGAGGGGGCGGGAAGUGGGGCGACAUGGCGGCGGCAGCGCGGCCCACCGAGGGGGGCGAGAAGGAAGAUGGAACAGAAGAAGACGACGUGGAGGAGCAACUGGUCAUGGUGGAACUCUCAGGAAUUAUUGAUUCAGACUUCUUAGAAAAAUGUGAAAACAAAUGCAAGAUUUUGGGAAUAGAGACAGAGAGGCCCAUUUUACAAGUGGACAGAUAUGUAUUUGCAGGAGAAUAUGAAGAUACCUUGGGAACCUGUGUGUUUUUUGAAGAGAACACAGAGCAUGUAGAUGCAGAAGGCAACCAAAAAGUACACCUGAAAUACAAGUGCCACACAAUGAAGAAGCUGAGCAUGACACGGACACUUCUGACAGAAAAAAAGGAAGGAGAAGAGAAUGUUGGUGGAGUGGAGUGGUUACAGAUCAAGGACAGAAAUUUUUCCCACAGCCGGCUCAAUACGAUUUGCAGCUUUUUGCGUGAAAAGGAAGAUUCUGAGGAGUCAGCUCAGGCCCAAGACAAAAUGGCUGAAGAGUCAGAAGGAGAGAUCCUGCCCCCAAGCUUCAGUGGUUCCCAAACUGAUCCAUGUGGCCCCUAGCUAGUAUGUAGGUUGAUACUGUUACAUCAUUUAUCUCAUCACAGAGUGUUUCAUAUAAAAGUUGAGUGGGAGUUGCAUUCAUGAGUGUGUUUUUAAAGCAGAGCAUUUUUUACACCUUUCUUCUGACCUUUCUCUGCCUCCCUCAAAAUGGGUUUAAUUGCAACAAUGCUGGGAACACCUACUUAGUUCCAGCAUAAUUAUGUUAAUACUUUGAUGAGUCGUGAUUAGAGAUGUUCACCACCAGCGUUGUUCACAGCACAGGAUCAGUAAAGAUAAGGCAUCAAACUCCCAACAACUUCAAACUGUCAAUUCCACUGUUCACUUUUUUUCUGGGUAGAGGCAGCUUGAAUGCUGGGGGAAGGAGGUGGUGAGGAAGAGGAGAUAUAUUCUCGGUGAUUUCAGCCUGUGUUGGGUCUGUGCUUUGGGUUUCAGGGAGACCACGGAGUCUUCCCCCUAGAUUUAACUUAAAAGCGGCUUUCGAAUUUGAUUUCCUUGGUGCAGAGAGCCAGAGUGCUGCCACCUCAGGGAUUUUAGGCGGAAGUGUCCCGGGAAUUUGGUUUCCAUUGUGUAUAGGGUCCGUUCCCCACUCCGGAAUAGCUACAUCGGUCUUGCCAAAUAAGCAAACCGUAAGGGAAGUUUGGGGUUAAACUUUACUGU